GUCCUUUUUGUCCCCUACUGCGUGCCGUGUUAGUUUACGUGCGUAAGUGGUGGCCGUGAGAGAAGAUGGCAACUUCUGUAGCGGUGCCGCCUGGUCCGGUGGCCAGUCGGGCCAACAAACGCGGUGUUGGCCGGCCGGGAGGUGGCGGCGGCGGUGGUGGAACCCGAGGGACCGAGGAGGAACCUCCGCCACCCCUACAAGCAGUUCUGGUGGCGGAUAGUUUCAACCGCCGCUUCUUCCCGAUCUCCAAGGACCAGCCUCGGGUCCUCUUGCCCCUGGCCAACGUGGCACUAAUUGACUACACUCUGGAAUUUCUGACUGCCACAGGUGUACAAGAAACCUUUGUCUUUUGUUGCUGGAAGGCUGCUCAAAUCAAGGAACAUUUACUGAAAUCCAAGUGGUGCCGCCCUACCUCCCUCAAUGUGGUUCGAAUAAUUACAUCAGACCUAUAUCGUUCACUGGGGGAUGUUCUCCGGGACGUUGAUGCCAAGGCGUUGGUGCGCUCUGACUUCCUUCUGGUGUAUGGGGAUGUCAUCUCAAACAUCAAUGUUACCAAAGCCCUGGAGGAACACAGGUUGAGGCGAAAGCUGGAAAAAAAUGUAUCCGUGAUGACAAUGAUCUUCAAGGAGUCAUCCCCAAGUCACCCAACUCGUUGCCAUGAGGACAACGUGGUAGUAGCUGUGGAUAGUGCCACAAACCGGGUUCUCCAUUUUCAGAAAACCCAAGGCCUUCGACGUUUUUCUUUUCCCCUGAGCUUGUUCCAUGGCAGUGGAGAUGGAGUGGAGAUUCGCUAUGAUUUACUGGAUUGUCAUAUCAGUAUCUGCUCUCCUCAGGUGGCUCAACUCUUUACAGACAACUUUGACUACCAAACUCGGGACGACUUUGUGCGGGGCCUGUUAGUGAAUGAGGAGAUCCUUGGGAACCAGAUCCACAUGCAUGUAACAACUAGGGAAUAUGGUGCCCGGGUCUCCAACCUACACAUGUAUGCAGCUAUCUGUGCCGAUGUCAUCCGCCGAUGGGUGUACCCCCUCACCCCUGAGGUGAACUUCACUGACAACACAACCCAGAACUGCACUCAUUCCCGGCACAACAUCUACCGAGGGCCUGAAGUCACCCUGGGCCAUGGCAGCAUCCUGGAGGAAAAUGUGCUCCUGGGCUCUGGCACUGUCAUUGGCAGCAAUUGCUCCAUCACCAACAGUGUCAUUGGCCCUGGCUGUCACAUUGGCGACAACGUGGUGCUGGACCAGGCCUACCUGUGGCAGGGUGUUCGAGUGGCAUCUGGAGCACAGAUCCAUCAGUCUCUGCUUUGUGACAAUGCUGAGGUCAAGGAACGAGUUACCCUGAAGCCACGCUGUGUCCUCACUUCCCAGGUAGUAGUAGGCCCAGACAUCACACUGCCUGAGGGCUCGGUGAUCUCUUUGCACCCACCAGAUGCAGAGGAAGAUGAGGAUGAUAGCCAGUUCAGUGAUGAUUCUGGGACUGACCAAGAAAAAGAGAAAAUGAAGCUGAAAGGUUACAAUCCAGCAGAGGUGGGAGUUGCAGGCCAGGGCUAUCUCUGGAAAGCUGCAAACAUGGAUGUGGAAGAAGAGGAGGAACUACGGCAGAAUCUGUGGGGACUCACAAUCAAUGUGGAAGAAGAGAGUGAAACCGAAAGUGAACGGAGUAUGGAUUCUGAGGAGCUAGACAGCCGGGCAGGCUCCCCACAGAUGGAUGACAUCAAAGUAUUCCAGAAUGAAGUCCUGGGAACACUACAGCGGGGCAAGGAGGAGAACAUUUCUUGUGACAAUCUGGUCCUAGAGAUCAACUCUCUCAAGUACGCCUACAACAUAAGCCUAAAGGAGGUGAUGCAAGUACUGAGCCAUGUGGUCCUGGAGUUUCCCCUGCCACAGAUGGAUGCUCCACUCGACCCAAACCGCUACUGUGCCCUGCUGCUUCCCCUGCUCAAGACCUGGAGUCCUGUUUUUAGGAACUAUGUAAAGCGUGCAGCCGAUCAUUUGGAAGCACUGGCAGCCAUUGAGGACUUCUUCCUGGAGCACGAAGCUCUUGCUACUUCCAUGGCCAAGGUACUGAUGGCUUUCUACCAGCUGGAGAUCCUGGCGGAGGAAACAAUUCUGAGCUGGUACAGCCAAAGGGAUACAAAUGACAAGGGCCGGCAGUUGCUUAAGAACCAACAGCUACAGAGGUUUAUCCAGUGGUUAAAAGAGGCAGAAGAGGAGUCAUCUGAAGAUGACUGAAGUCGCACCGCCUGCUCCUGUGGGUGCGGUUGAAGGCCCUCCUGGCUUCUGGAGCAGGGCAAGUGAGAGGCUAGUUGCAGAAGAUGAGUAAUCACCGUUCUGAGACUCAAAGGAGCAGAGGCUGGAACUACAGUAUUCUUCCCACCGCCAGCAACCAUGUGCCUCGAAUCCUGAUUGGGGAGUUGGGAUAAGGGUAGCUGGGCUGAAACAAAGCUCUGCCUCGGGAGGAGCUAGGCAGGCCCUGCAGGUAGAGGAAGGCCAGAGGCAUAGCUUUGUGCUUUGGCUUUCCCUGGGGAAACAGCAGAGAGCUGCUGGCCUUCUCUGCUGCUUGUAUUUGUUAAUAUUAAAAAAGAGAGAGAGGGGGUGUGUUUGAUUUUUCUCCAGCUCUGACUAAUCAGUUUUUGAAGUAGGGACCAAAGAGUUCUAAACUUGUGACCUAGCAGCCUUUCCUUAACACCUGGCAGGGAAGGAGAAGAGGAGUGUUAUGGCCACUAGGUGGCACUGUGGUGCCUUGCUAAUUGACCAUUGCCUUGGCUCAUGAGUAGUGGAGGACCUAGCUUCUUUUCUAGCCUCUGUGGACCAAUUUGUGGUCCUGGAGUAGUGUGCCUGAGCCUGUUUCUGGAGAGCAUCCUAGUCCGAGCACUUUUCUAUCAGUGAUGUGCCAAACAUGUAAAGUCUGUUACCCACCUGCCAGAGUCUCAUGCUUUGCCCAGUUGACCCAGUGUUACUACUGUCAGGGAAACUGGGCUGCUCUUCAUCUUAAGGAAAUUUGCUCAAGGCUGCAUCACUCUUAAGGGGUAAGGCUACGGAUAUGAGACUCAUAAUCCUGAGUUCUUUCUACUUGGCAGACGCAGUGUCUAGGUGAAAGGAAAUGGUCCACUGAGGCUAAUACAACCCCAAGCCAGCAAUGGAUAUCUUAAGAACAGAGAAGAUAAGGCAAAAUGGGGUUUUCCCUAAGACUGAGGGUAUUUACUCUAUAAUCGACAUUUUGCUUAAAACUUUUCAUGUAUUAUCUUCAGUUGUGAUGUAGACUUUAUUCCCAUGUUCACGUGAGCCUGAAGUUCACAGAGGUCCCAUAACUAGUCAUUGAUAGGGCCAGGAUUUGUCGUUGGACUCCAGAACUGGAGUCUGUCACUGCUGUACUGUGUCCUUUAACUGCAGCCAUAUGCCCUUCUAAUCUGUUUUGAGUUCAUUGUCUUCAUACAGCCCUCGCUCUAUUAACACUUAAAUUGUGGCAAAUGUUACUAGUACCAGGAGGCCCUCCUGGAAAUCACAGAUAAAAUGGUUGCCUCCCUCCAUUUUAGUUGGGUGGAAUGGACUGUACUCAAGCGGUGUGAAGGGGCAUUGCUGAGUAUUUCUAAAGAGGAAAAUACAGGCUGGCCAGGAUUUGGUCUUACUUACUUUUCUUAUUUAAGAAAUCUCCAUUUCUGCUUUGUCAAAUACAGGCUCUAGUGCUAAAGAGCAUAUGAAGUUCAUGUCGUGGACCUAACAGGGUCAGUUAAAUACAAAUAACCAUAGGGUGCCUGUGAUUUUCACCUCAUGGGUGACAUCAGAGUAGCCUAUAGAACUUUUUGGGAGGAGAGAUUCCUUCCAGUUGCAGUGAUUAGGGACAGGUUACAGAAUUGUGAUGUUUGGAUGUCCUAAAAAA